GAACUUUUUAUUAAUUAUUAAGAGUUUUUCUUUCUAGAUUGUCCAAAAAAUUUCUCUCAUAAAUUAAUGACCUCAAGUAGCCAAAUAUACAAGGAGAGAAACUUCUGGUGUUUUGCUCAUUACUACUUAAUCUUUGUUGAAAUGGCAUAAGAGUUCCAACUUUGUGUUUAGAUUCUAUAGCUCUAGAGUAAUUAUGUGUGUAUACUUCUCUGCAACAUCAAUCAUGAUUUACAUAACUAUGUGAAGAAAGCUUUUUCCUUGGGACUAAUCACAAGCCAAUUCCCUCUCUUAUUAUGUGUUUUCUAGGUUUUGCCUCUCUUUCCGUACAAAAGUGAGAAUGAUAGAGACAAAGAGGAGGGUUGUUCUAACUUUUGAGCUCAAUUUGUAAGACUGCAGGUGUUUUUUGCUUGUUCGAUGGACUUGAUGCAUUUUAAGAACAAGUAGAAAGAAAUAAAUUAAGUGAAAGGUAUAGUGGAGUUACAGAGAGGAAGAACAUAGAGAAUGGCUAUGGCUAUGGCUAUGAAAGCUAGUCUAAAGCUUCUAGGACAAUACCCCAUUCUCAGUUGCAGUAAACACUGGAGGGGUUCAUCAUUGCGAGUGUCGUUUCGGGGCUUGUGUACGGAUUCUACAGAGGAGCUACAGCUCAAGGACUUCAUGGAGUACCUGGAUUCUCUUAAGAACUAUGAGAAAUUAGGGGUCCCCAAAGGUGCAGGGACUGAUUCUGAAGAUGGGUUCGAUUUGAGUCGGAUGAGAACGUUAAUGAAGCUACUUGAUAAUCCUCACUCCGACUUCAAGGCCAUUCAUAUUGCCGGGACCAAAGGAAAAGGUUCUACUGCAGCCUUUAUCUCCAAUAUUUUGAGGGCACAAGGCUAUUCAGUUGGUAGUUAUACAAGCCCACAUAUCCACACUAUUAGAGAACGAAUAUCGUUAGGAAAGUUUGGUGAGCCUGUGUCAACUAAAGCUUUAAACUCUCUUUUUCUUCGGAUGAAGGAGAUUAUUAACCAGGCGAGGAAACUUGAAAAUGGGCAUAUAAGUCAUUUUGAGGUUCUGACAGCUAUGGCAUUCAAACUAUUUGCAGAAGAGAAUGUUGAUGUUGCAGUUAUUGAGGCUGGGUUGGGGGGUGCACGAGAUGCGACCAAUGUUAUCUGUAGCACUGGACUUGCUGUAUCAGUUAUUACUACAAUAGGUGAGGAACAUUUGGCUGCACUUGGGGGCUCUUUGGAAAGCAUUGCAGUUGCAAAGUCUGGAAUCAUUAAGCACGGUUGCCCAGUGGUUUUGGGUGGACCGUUUCUCCCGCAUAUUGAAAAAAUUCUUCGAGACAAAGCUUCUUUGAUGUCAUCACCUGUAGCAUCUGCUUCUGAUAGUGGUAAUUGCAGUAAAAUUAACGACAUUAGCUUGAUUGAUGGUAGACCCUACCAAUCCUGUGAUAUAGUGAUACAAGCUGACAGGGAUUUAAGCCUGCCCUUCGAGUUACUUGAUGUGAAGUUGUACAUGCUUGGAAGUCACCAGCUUCAAAAUGCAGUCACUGCCACUUGCACAGCACUCUGCCUGCGCGACCAAGGAUGGAAUAUUUCUGAUGAAUCUAUUAGAGCUGGUUUAGAGAAUACAUGCUUGCUCGGAAGGAGUCAAUUCCUAACAUCUGAGGAAGCUGAGGCAUUGGGACUGUCGAAUGCAAUACUAAUGUUGGAUGGAGCCCACACUAAAGACUCUGCUAAAGCAUUGGUGGAUACUAUACAAAGGACUUUUCCUGGUGCACAUUUGGCUCUUGUAGUUGCAAUGGCCAGUGAUAAAGAUCAUGUAGGUUUUGCGCGAGAGCUCCUCUCAGUAUCAGGUGGAAAAAUAGAGGCUGUCCUUUUGACUGAAGCUAGCAUUGCUGGGGGGAAAUCUCGGACAACUUCAACUUCUUUCUUAAGAGAUUGCUGGAUCCAAGCUUCCAAUGAGUUGGGAUUAGCUACUCUUCAAGUUGAAAUGGAAGAACCGAGAGAACUACUUAAAGAUCAAUUUUAUGGCAGUGUAAGCGAUCAGGAAACUAAAAUCGUUUUGGUAUCCGAACCUUCAUGUUUGUCUUCAUUGCAAAUUGCAAAUCAUAUUCUGAGAGGUAGGACGGGUAAUGGAUCAGGCAUUGUUGUGGUUACAGGAUCUUUGCAUAUCGUGUCGUCUGUAUUAGCUACUCUUCAUGGCUGAUUUAGUUACAUCUUGUCUCUAUUUUUACACCACCAUCUUUCAAAUAUACAUUGGCUACAGAAACCACAUUUUGCUAUUUAGUUAUCAUUUGGCUGCUUCACUUGAAGAUGUUGGGAACUCUUCUUCUUCCACCUCAUCAGUUACAUGGUGGAAAUAUUUCUGGUCUUUAAAGUUUCAACAAAAAGUAAAAAAAAUUUCUUGGGGAGUAGUUCAUGAUGUCCUUCCAGUUGCUACUAAUUUAGUUAUUCAAGUUGUAAUCUCUUUUGAGGGAUCCAACCUUAUUUUGUGACUUUUGACCACUAUUAUAUUGAUAUGGAGCUUGAUUGAGUUCACAAGUAAUGAGUUGCAACAAAACUCAAAUUCUUUUUUCUU